UUAGUGAAUAAAAGCUGUGUUGAUGUUAUUUUCUGACUUUACACUGCAGUUGAAAAACAUGUGGAAGUUCCCAGGAGGCCUUUCGGAGCCUGGAGAAGAUAUCGGAGACACAGCAGUUCGAGAAGUUUUUGAAGAAACUGGUAUACGAUCAGAAUUCAGGUCCCUCCUGAGCAUUCGGCAGCAGCACAGCCACCCCGGGGCUUUCGGGAAGUCGGACAUGUACAUCAUCUGCCGCCUGAAGCCGCGUUCCUUCACCAUCGAGCUGUGCCCGCACGAGUGCCUGCGGUGCGAGUGGAUGGACCUCACCGACCUGGCCAAGGCCGCCAACACCACGCCCGUCACCAGCAGGGCCGCGCGGCUGCUGCUGUACGGGCACAGGGAAGGCUUCGAGAAGAUUGACCUGACCAUGGACCAGCUCCCAGCUGUUUACACGGGCUUGUUCUACAAACUCUAUCACAGGGAACUGCCAGACAGUUACAAAGUGAUGACGGGAGUGGACUAAAUCAUAUUUACAUGUGUAAAAAUUUUUAGUAAAUCGUACAUGUAGAUUAAUGUGUGCCAUAUUCUAAGAAUGGUGCACAUUUUGGGUUAACUAAAUCUCUGACUUUAAUUUUCUAAUGUGUAUGAUUUCCAUGAAGAAAAUUUGCAAGUGCACACAUUUUUAAAGCCUCUUUUCGAAUGGAGUGAAUGUAUGGAAAGAUUGUAGCUCUAAGUAAGCGUCACUGGAUAAAGGCAAAUGCUAUAUAAAAGGUGGAAAUUUAUACAUUU